AUGUUGAGGCUUGCUGGCCAGCCUGGCUGGCUGCUGAGGGCUUCUGGGGACCCAGGGGGCAGCCGAGCAGGGAGGGCUAAUGUGAGCCUGGAGUCUGGCUUCCGGCAGGCCACCCUAGGCAUCCACGACAUCGACAUCAAGUUAAGAGACUCAUCAGACUCUCAGCUGCUCGUGGAUAUCUUGCAGAAGACAGUGAAGCACCCCGUGUGUGUGAAGUAUCCCCCGCCAGCCAAAUUCUCCCGAGGCUUCCUCUCAGAACUCAUCAAGAAGCCUUCCGGAGACCCCGUGACCCUCUGCGAGAGCACCGCCAUCGUGUCCCACGGCACCACUGGCCUGGUCACCUGGAACGCCGCCCUCUACCUCGCAGAGUGGGCCCUGGAGAACCCAGCAUUGUUCACUGACAGGACCGUCCUGGAGCUGGGCAGCGGGGCUGGCCUCACGGGCCUGGCCAUCUGCAAGGCCUGCAGCCCCCAGGCCUACAUCUUCAGUGACUGUCACAGCCGGGUCCUGGAGCAGCUCCGAGCAAAUGUCCUCCUCAACGGCCUGGCCCCUCGGCAGCACGCAGGGAGGGGCACGCCGGGCGCAGAAAAGCCCCUGGUGGUCGUGGCCCAACUUGACUGGGACCUAGCCACCGCCCCACAGCUCUCUGCCCUCCAGCCAGACGUGGUCAUCGCAGCAGACGUGCUGUACUGCCCAGACACUGUCCUUGCCCUGCUCGGCGUGCUGCGGACACUCUCAGCCUGCCACUCGGGCCUGCAGCCUCUGGACGCCUACGUGGCCUUCACAGUGCGCAACCCGGAGACCUGCCGGCUGUUCACGGAAGAGCUGGGUAAGAACGUGCAUGGGUAG